UUGAGGCGCGUUCUCAGGCUCUCUCGUUCUUGCUUCUCUUUGUUGAUCGCUCUCGAUCGCGUCUACGGCUCGACCUUCAAUCCGGUCGGCGGAAUUCCCAGAAGUGAAGUCGGAGGACUCUAGGUUCUUGAUCCUCUUCUCGAUCCGAUGGCGGCCGUUCGGGUGACGAUGGAGAUUGGGAGUGAUGGGGUGGCGGUCAUCACCAUCUGCAACCCUCCCGUUAACGCUUUGGCCCCCUCGAUUAUUGCUGGGUUGAAGGAGAAGUACACGGAAGCGAUGAAUAGGAGUGACGUCAAAGCAAUAGUGUUAACCGGUGAUGGUGGCAAGUUCUCUGGUGGUUUUGAUAUCAAUGUUUUUACUGAAAUUCAUAAAACAGGAAAUCUAUCGCUUCUACCAGAUGUAUCCGUCGAACUUGUGGUCAAUACCAUUGAAGAUGCUCCAAAGCCUUCUGUUGCAGCUAUCCAAGGUCUUGCACUUGGUGGUGGUCUGGAGAUAGCAAUGGGUUGCCAUGCACGAGUUUCUACGCCGGAAGCUCAACUUGGAUUGCCAGAACUUAGCCUUGGGGUUAUUCCUGGAUUUGGAGGCACACAACGUCUUCCAAGGCUUGUGGGAUUGCCAAAAGCUCUGGAUAUGAUGCUGCAAUCAAAAUCAAUCAUCGCUAAGGAAGGCGAAAAAUAUGGCCUUAUUGAUGCUAUUGUUUCACCGGAGGAUUUGCUCAAAAUAUCCCGAUGCUGGGCUUUGGAUAUUGCUGAACGGCGUAAACCAUGGAUUAGUUCUCUUCGUCGGACUGAUCGACUUGGUUCUCUUUCUGAAGCUUAUGAAAUUUUAAAGGCUGCUAGGCAACAGGUUAACAGGAUUGCUCCAAAUAUGCCUCAGCACAAGGAAUGCCUUGAUUCAGUUGAGGAGGGUGUAAAUUUUGGAGGAUAUGCUGGGGUGCUGAAGGAAGCAAAAGUUUUUAAGGAGUUGGUGCUUUCAAGUACUUCAAGAGGCCUUGUUCAUGUCUUUUUUGCUCAACGGGCAACUUCAAAGGUACAUAGUGUUACUGAUGUUGGGCUUAGACCAAGGAAAAUCAAAAGAGUUGCUGUAAUUGGUGGUGGUUUGAUGGGUUCUGGAAUAGCUACUGCCCUGAUCUUAAGUAAUACGUCUGUCAUCCUCAAGGAAAUUGAUUCCAACCUUUUGCAGAAGGGACUGAAAAUGAUACGGGCUAAUCUUGAAGGCCUUGUGAAGAAAGGGUCGUUGACUCAGGACAAGAUGAACAAGGCAUUGUCACUUCUUAAGGGUGUAUUGGAUUACUCAGAGUUCAAGCAUGUUGAUAUGGUUAUAGAGGCUGUUAUUGAAAAGGUUUCACUGAAACAGUCAAUAUUUGCUGAUCUUGAAAAAGCUUGUCCUCCACAUUGCAUUUUGGCAAGCAACACAUCCACUAUUGAUCUUAAUAUUGUUGGUGAGAAGACUCGUUCGCAAGACCGAAUCAUUGGGGCUCAUUUUUUCAGUCCUGCUCAUGUGAUGCCUCUGCUAGAAAUUGUCCGGACAGACAAGACAUCUCCACAAGUAAUCCUUGAUCUCAUGACCAUUGGGAAGGCUAUAAGAAAGGUUCCUGUUGUGGUGGGCAACUGCACUGGCUUUGCAGUUAACCGAACAUUCUUCCCUUAUACCCAAGGGGCACAAUUGUUAGUCCAUCUAGGUGUGGAUGUGUUCAGAAUUGAUAGGGUUGUCAGCAGUUUUGGCAUGCCAAUGGGCCCUUUUCAACUUCAAGAUGUGGCCGGAUAUGGGGUGGCUUUGGCAGUGAAGGAUAUAUAUGAUUCUGCCUUCCGGGGUCGAACAUUUCAGUCACAACUGGUUGAGUUGAUGGUAAAAAGUGGCAGAAAUGGCAAGAAUAAUGGAAAGGGAUACUACAUAUAUGAAAAGGGACAGAAGCCAAAGCCUGAUCCUAGCAUCCAAGCCAUCAUAGAGGAAUCUAGAAGGCUUGCCAAUGUUAUGCCUGGUGGAAAGCCUAUUACUAUCAAUGAUCAAGAAGUUCUGGAGAUGAUAUUCUUUCCAGUGGUGAACGAGGCUUGCAGGGUCAUGGAUGAAGGUGUUGUAAUUCGAGCUUCAGACCUUGAUAUUUCAUCCGUUCUUGGUAUGGGUUUUCCCAGAUACAGGGGUGGAAUUAUAUUUUGGGCUGACACUAUUGGGUCUGGUUACAUAUAUGCGAAGCUCAACAAAUGGGCUAAUUCAUAUGGUAACUUCUUCAAACCCUCAGCAUACCUGGAAGAAAGAGCCACCAAAGGACUUCCAUUGAGCAUGGUAAAUGUGUCGGGGUCACAACAGUGGAGGUCUCGUAUGUGAUCCUCUUUGCGUACCAACCAUUCCUUUCGCAUCCAAAUGUUGCAGUUAGCCGAAGUGCAGCAAAUAAGAUAUUGUUGACUUGUUUUAGUUUAAUAAUACUGUUUAAAUAUUUUGUUUAUCGAAUCUGGAAAAUUUUCAUGCUA